AUUAUAGUUACUCAAUUUCAGUGGUCCAUAAAUUUCCACUGGAUUGUAUCGUAAGAGAAGAAUUUUCUUGUACUAUAGCAGUUCUAGUUUUUUUUUUUUUCCUCAAGGAAGCCGAGACUUGUUUUCCGUUUGCUUCCCCCGCCCUUUGGAGUAGGGUAAAAGGCUGGUUUUGUUUUCCCUAGCCUGGUGGAGGCAGCUAUCUCCCAGCCAAGUUGUGGGUGUAAAAAUAAGUUUUGGGUUGUGUUGUUUGUAGGUUUGAAGAAUCUAGUGAUAGCAAAUUGAUAACCUUUGAUGGAUGAAAGAAAGAUGGCUAGUUGGACGUGUCUGGUGUGGUGGGAGGGUGCAGUGCACUAAGGAGUCUGUCGGUUUGUAUGCAUUAGCUAACCCAGGCCUAUUGAAGACUGAAACACCUUGGACCUCUAUUGAGUUCUGCCUACUUUCCCUUCUAGUGGAUGCCAAUUAGCUGGUUUGCUCUUGGCUUAGAGGUCUAGCAGCAUAUUGGAUGGUCUGAUCCAUAACAUGUUUGGAGCAUUGAAGAAUUAUUUAAACGGAGCAUUUUGACCAGUACUAGUAAAGGGAAGGAAGAAAGCAGAGUGGAAAACGAUGUGCAACAGAAAGUUACAGAAACAGGUUUAAAAAAGAAAAAAAUACGAAGCAGGGAAAAAAAAUUUCCCGCGUCUGUUGAAAGUUUGUUAGAAUAGCUGGACAUUGCAGGCAAUCGGUAGCAAGUGCUAAGCUAUUUUUAUUUUUUCUUUCUUUUAGAAGCUUGUAGAAAUUUCAAGAUACUCCUCCCACCUAUAUAUAAACAGUUAUUGAUCAAUGAAAUGGGAUCCGCAUUUUCUCACAAUUUCUAUUUUCUGUUACGUUUUCACAUGGUAUCAGAGCUUUUGUCUUUGUUACCAUAACUGUUUUUUUUCUUUAUUCAGAUCUGAGAUCUAUUAGCUCAGUUUCUCUCUAAUCCUGAUUGUCUCUUAGUCAAAAGUCACUACAAUGGCUGAAGAAAUUGCUCAUGAUUCUGUUCUCAAUGCUAGUAAUAAGGCAGAAGAAGGAAUGUUCAGCUUGCAAAACUCUGAUCAUCCAGGGAUGGUGUUAGUGCGCCAUUGACUGGAUCCAACUACCUAACAUGGAGUAGAUCCAUGGUUAUUGCUUUGAAGGCCAAAGACAAAAUUGGAUUUAUCAAUGGCAAGUAUGAGAUGCCAGAUUUUGAAUCUGCCAAUUUUGAAAAAUGGCAAAGGGUGGAUAGCAUGGUGAUGUCUUAGUUACUGAAUUCAUUAUCAAAAGAGUUUGUUGAAGCUUUCUUGUAUGUGAAAUCUGCCAAAGAGUUGUGGGAUGAAGUCAAGCAACGGUUUGGGGAAAGUAAUGGUCCAUUACUCUACCAGCUCAACAGAGAGAUAAGUACCCUAACCCAAUCAAACUUACCUAUUGUGGCAUAUUUUACAAAGCUUAAGAAAUUGUGGGAUGAGUUGAACUGUUUGAAACCUUUACCCUCUUGUAAUUGUGGUGCUGCAAAAAAUAUGAGUAACAUUGAUGAGGCAGAUAAAUUGAUGCAAUAUUUAAUGGGGUUAAAUGAGGGAUAUGAUCAUAGUCGAAAUCAAAUACUGAUUAUGGAUCCCGUUCCUAAUGUGAAUAAGGCAUAUUCAAUGAUUUUGAGUAUUGAGAAGCAAAAGGAGGUGCAUCAUGUAGCAACUGAUGAUCUUAAUACUGCACUAAUUGCAAAUGCACCAAGAAUCUCAUAUGAAGCAGGGGGAGGGCAAUCUCAAGGCAAGAAAAGGUUUACUGGUAAAAAGGAUGACAGAAUGUGUUCCUAUUGCAACUCUAGUGGACAUAAUAGAGAAACCUGCUUUAAACUCAAUGGAUAUCCUGACUGGUUUCAUGAGUAUAAACAGAAGAAGAAUAAGGGAAAAAGGAAUGUUGCAGCUGCUAUUCAAUCUGCAGAGACUCCUUUAGACAAAGAGUCUGACAAACUGAUUCAUCUUGAUGACUGGAAUGCAAGUUGGUCCAAUAGGGUUCAGCAGGAGAUACAAAAGUAUAUGAAGUCACAAGGUCAGUCUUCUACUGUGAAUGAAGCAGUUUGCAUCACAUUCAGUGAUUUUGCAGGACCAAGUGUCUAAUGAGGUAUUGGCUACUGGGAAGUUGCAAGGUGGAUUAUACAAGUUGAAUAAGGCAUCAUUUAGCCAUAAUAAAACCUCUGUUCCACCUAGUUUUAUACCAAAACCUAUAUGUACUCAUUCUGUCAAAGCUUGUCAACAUUCUGAUACUGUAAACAGUAGCAUAUGGCAUCUCAGAUUAGGUCAUCCAUCUAAAAACAAACUUUCACAUAUUUCAGCUAUCAAUGUAAAGGAUAUUAGUGACCAAAUUUGUGAAGUUUGUCCUCUUGCAAAGCAACAAAGACUUUCUUUCCCAAAAA